AUGGCUUCCAGUCCAAGAGUAAAUGGCCGAUUUGAAGUUGAUAAACAACUUGGCUGUUUCCCUCGAAGUGAAAAGAAAAUGAAAACCGUUUCUGAAAUGUCACCUAGAUCUACAAGAGUUGCCUUCGAUGAGAAAGAGAAAGAGCUGAUGGAGGUCAGAACCUACUGGCAGGAGGAAUAUAAAACUAAGGUGAGUGAGAUUGCAAGUCUUGAAGCAGCUUUAAAGGAUGCCGUAAGAUCGAGAAACAUUGAGGUCGAAGAAUUGAGAUUGUCGUACGAAAAUGUGCUAGAUGCCAGAAACGGCGAGAUUUCAGAACUAAGAAGAACUUUGGAUGAGCUGACAAGAACUAAAGACGAGAUCGUUGCUUCUGCUGAAAAAUCCACCGAAAGUAAACUCCGAGCAAAAGACGCGGAAGUAACGAGACUAAGAAUCUGGCUGGAAGAAGCUAAAAAGUCUAAUGCACAGGGCAGAGAGGUUUUAAAUUCUUACCAGAGGAGGGUGGCAGACAAAGAAAUAGAGAUUGAAACUGUAAAAAAGUCGAGCGAAGAAAGCAUUAAACUUCUGGAGCAGCAGAUAGAGAAGCUACAAGCACUGUUAUCAGCGGUCAUAGACGAAAAAGACAAUGACAGUGAAAAUACGAAGAUUGCUUUUGAUAGUGUGGUUGAGGAAAAGGAGAGGCAGAUCGCAAUGUUAAAGGAAUCGUCAAUUAACGAACUAAAGGCUAAAGAAGAAGAAAAUAAACGCCACGAGAAAGAAAUUUUACGCAUGGAAGAGGAGUUAGCCGAAAAACAAUCAGAAAUCGAGCAGAUACACGUAACCGUGCAAAAUUUACAGAAUAUCAUGAAAGCUAACGAAGAAGAACGAAAUAAACUAACCGAGGUUUUGCGCGUGGCCUCAGAAACGAGAAGGCAAGAAAUGAUGGAACUACAAGGACAACAACAGAGGUUAUUAGAUCACAAAGAAAGCGAAUUGAUGUCGUUGGAAAAGCUGAUAAAAGAACAAACCAAACGUCACGAGAUGAUGCUAAGGGAGAAAGAUAAGCAAAUCGAAGAAAUGUCAGCUAAGUUAGCGUGGGUGGAGACUCAGUUAACAAGCGAAUGGUUGGAAAAAGGAAACAAAGAAGAUCUCAGUACAAAGUUGACUUCUUUAUUGAAAAAGAUGGCUGACAUGAAGGCAGAAAAAGGAAUACUGGAAAAGGAUGUCACAGAGUUAGUAAAAGACAUUCGUGUUAAGGAAAGCCAACUCAAUGACAUCCAGAAGAAAUGUGAAAGCGAAGCGCAAAAGAAACAAAUGUUGCAACAAGACUUUGAUUCUUUGACUCGUGAUCUUGACAGCUGGAAAUCGUCAAUGAAAUUAAUUGAAGGAGAGAGGAACUUCCUUGAAAAGGAAGAAAAACGUCUUAAGGAAGAUUUAGAGAGGAAAAGCAACGCGUUGUGUGAGUUCGAGUGUAAAGUUGAAUCACUGGAAUCAAUUAGACAAAAUCUGGAAACCCUGAUUCGCCAACUACGAGAAGAAAAUUCUGACGCUCUUCAAACUCAAAAGAACUUGGAACUGGCUUUACUGGACAAAGAUAAAGAGCAGAACUUGUUGAAAGAAAAAUUGAACAUCACUGAAAAGAAAUUUGCUAUGGAAAUUGAGCACAGAAUUAUCAAAGAGGAAUCCACUGCAGCGACGAUAACCAAUUUGAGAAGCAACUAUGAGGAGUCGCACAACGAAAAUAAACAGCUUAAGAUAAGUUUAGAUGAGCGAGAAAACGACGUUGCAAGUUUAAGUAGGUUGUUAGAAAAUGCAAAGCAACAAGAACAUAAACUUGAUGCGGAAUUAGAACACCUUUCCGAAGAACUAGAAGUUCUGAACGAAAAAUAUAUGACAGGAAGAAAUGAAAAAGAUGCCUUGGAAAGGUCGUUGGCAAGUGCGCUAACCUUGAAGCAACAAGAAGUCGAAGAGCUGCAACAAAAACUCGACAAAACCCUUAAUGAUCAUAAACUUGAAAUGGAAAAACGUGAGCAAUGUUGGAGAGAAGCAAUGGCAAUAAAGGAUGAACUUGUGAAAGAUGCGAAAAGAUCCUUCGAUGAAAGAAUUAUGUGGAAAGAAAACGAAAUACAAAAACUUGAGCGUUUGCUUGAAACAGCAACAAGUGAGUUCCGGUCAGUGAAAGAAUCUUUGGAGACAAGCUUAACAUUGAGAAAGGAAGAGAUUUGUUUUCUGACAAAAGCAUUGAAUGACAAGGAAGAAAGAAUUGCGGAAGUGUUAGAUGCAAAUAAAGAUAUCAUGCAGAAAAAGGGUGAAUUGGAGGAACUGUUUGAAGAAUGCAAUACAAAAUUGAUUGAAGAGACACAAGCUAGACAAAUACAAAGUUCAGAAAUUGUUCUUGCAAGAGAUACAAUUUUGAAACUGGAAAGCAGCUUGCGCGAGAAGGAGGAAGUGUUAAAGGCUGCUCAAAAAGAAGUUGAAGAUCUCCAUACACAGUUAAAGGAAGAGCACUGCGUCACCGAAAUCAAAAAUAUCCUUAACUCAGCUGAAGACGGAUUCAAGGAAAGAGAAAAUGUAGCAGAGAAAUUAAAGGCCGUUAUUCAGAAUAAUGCGGUUAAAUAUCACCAGAGUCUCAAAAGGAAAGAAGAUAAAAUCACCACUUUGAAGAAAGAAUUGCAAAACUCAAACAAAGAUGUAGAAGACAUGAGAGUGAACAUGGCAAGCCUCGUACAACAAGCUGACGAAAAUGAGGCCAAGCUGAAAAGGGACUUGAAAAUAACGCAGGAUGAAAGUGAUCUGCUUGAUAAAAAGCUUUCAGAGCUAAAAGGACGUUUAGAGAAGAACGACAAGGAGUUGGGAAUGAUGGAAGCAAACAUGAUAAAUGCUGCGUUAGACUUUGAAAAGAAACAAAAAUUAAGAGACCAAGAAAAAAAGGCAGUUAUGGAGGAGCUGAGUAAUGAAAGACGUAAAGUACAGGAAUUAGAAAAUAGCUCAUCGUGGCUUAAAGGUGAACUGGAAAGGAAAGAACAACAGGUGCAGGAAAUAACAGGGAAGUACGAAACAACUGAGGUGGAGUUAAAAGAAACAUUAAGCAAUCUUUCUAGUCUUCAAGACAAUUUUAAUCAAGUGAAGGAAUUACUGAAUUUGGCAGAAAGUGAGAAAGUUUGUGCUGACGAGGUGAAACAAAGUCUGCUUCAAGAGUUAGAAAAACAGAAGCGAUAUUGUGAAGGGAAAGAAGGAAAAAUAGCUGUUUUGUUGCACAAAGUUAAGAUCUUGAGAAAAUCCUCCCUCGAAAAUGCUCAGACAAAUAAAACACUUGAAGAAAACGUUGCUACUUUGCAGAUAAAUUUGAACGAGAAGGCGAUAGAAGCGGCUAAAUUGAAAAGCGAACUAGACGGUAAAGAAGAAGAAUUUAAACAGCAGUCGUCCCUUCUGGAAGAAAUGGAACUCGAAGGAACUGAGUUGAAAAACAAGAUGACAGAUCUGGAGAAAACGAUAAGCUUGCAAAAAUCAGAGAUAGAUGAAGCUAUGGGAAGAGAAGAAGAGCUAAAGGAAGCUGUUAAAGAUUUGUUAAGAAGUUUGAAUGAGAGCGAGGUGAACACCAGAGCGCUUGUCUCAAAUUUGGAAGAUGGGAAGUCCCAAAACGAAAAACUUCGCUCCGAAUACGAAAACUUUAAGAUUUCUGCUAUGAAAGAAAAAGGCGAACUGCGUGAAGAGGUGGAACAUUUACACAGCGAGCUAGACAAACAGGAGGGUCUGCUUCUUGUCUUAAACAAAGAAAAGGAAAAUUUACUGGCUGAGUUAGGUAAGACAAAGCAAGCCGAGGAAAACACGAUAACAUCUCUGGAAUGUCACAUUAAGAGCCUUAAAAGAGAGAAUUCAAGCUUGAUUGACAAAGUUCAAACACUGGAAGAAGAAUCGAAGCAGAGGUUUGCGGAUAUCGCAGAAGUGAACUCCGCCCUGUCGUCCGCUGAAGUGUCUAAAGAGUUUUUGAUCCAAGAAGUAGAACGUUUGAGGUCCUCUGUGUCAGGGAAGGAAGAGAGUUUACGUGAGGUCCACAAAUCACUCGAAGCCGCACAAAAGGAGAAUAGUCAUUUCAAGUACGAGAUAGCCAGCUUGAAGGAAAACUUGGCUCGAUCCGUAAACGAGAAAGAUCAUCUACUGGAAAGUUUUGAAGAGAUGAAGAGCUCGGCGUCACAAGUGAAACAAAAAAUGGAGGAAGUCAUGUCCGAGAAAGAAAACACUAUUACCAGAGCAGAAGAAAUUAUUCGCAGCCUAAAGCAGGGCAAUGAAUCUCUGAAGUCACAACUUUUGAAAUGCGAGGGAGAAGUAAAGGCUGAAAAGAAAAGUGUUGUUGAAUUGUUGGGAAAACGACAAGAGAUGUCAGCUGAAAUUGACUCACUGAAUAGGGACAAAGGAAUUCUGGAAGCGUCUCUCAAAGACAUGGAUUUGUAUCCAGUAAAACUCAAGGCCACACAAGGUAACAAUUUUGGGAUAUUAAGGAUAUCAUUUACGGAAUCAGGUUGAAUAAUAUUCUGACGAGCAAUCCGGUAGACUAACAAUUUUUACAUGAUUUGUCAGUCCAAGAGAGAAUAUAUAAUGGCACAAAGAGGGAAACGCCCAGUCUAGCCCUUGGGAUACGUGAAUUUCACCAAAGUUAUUUUUAGACCAAUUAAACGCUUAAAAUUAAUCGGAAUUAGUUGGUUACCUGAGAGAUCCAUAAACCUUUUUAUUAUAUACAUACUGAGAAAUACUCACCAAAAAGCUAUGUCGUAAAUUUUCGUACGCAAAUUAGUUAUAGCCAAUCAGAGGAGCGAACGAUGGUUUUCACACGUGAAAAAAACGAUACGUCCAAUCAGAAUCGCGAACGAUGUUUUUUCACGUGUGAGAAAAAUGAUACGUCCAAUCAGAAGCCACAGAGGUGUAGGAGUUUCGCGCCAAAAUUCCCGCCUUUUUAUUGCAGCUUGCAGCGCCGCCUCGCACACAUUUAUCAACGAGAAAAGUUUUACUCAAGGAGUUUUUCUCGC